CUUUCUCAUACUUGCUAGUACCGCCUGGCUGUUUUUGACAUUCUAUCAAAAACAACAAACAAGGGUCAUGAGACUUUGUAGUUUAUUUCUAUUUCAAGGCCAAUGGAGUGAGAAAAAAGUUAAUUGAACUAUGAGGACUGUAGAUCAAUGUCGAUGUUCUUUUGUAACAAACGAUUCGUGAAAAAAAAAGCGAAAUUCAUUGAUUGAAAGAUGGCAUACAAAGAAGGUCGCACCGCUAGGAAGUCGAAACCCGAGACAGCAGCUUUUAGCUACGAACUCUUUGAGCUCGCUCAAACUCUGCGGAUUCGACCGCGAACUGAUUCGAUCGGAGGGUCCGAUGCUCAAAGACAUGGUGGUUCUUCCCACCUACCAUUCAUUCAAUUGGCUUCCUGGCACGAGGAUGCAUUUGGCAGCUUGCUGGUGCUGUUAUGUAGCAAUGGUGCUCUUCUUGUUUGGAGCAAAGACUGUGCAGGAAACCCAUUUACUAAGCAAAUAUCUUGGUACCAGAACCCAUCAAGAGCAAUCAAGGCUAUCUGUUUGGACCCCAGUGGAUGCUGGUUAGUUUGUGCCUGCAUGGACACCCAUCUCUACAUCGUCCCUCUGUCUGCUGCAAUUAAGACAGAAGGGAGGAAGUCUGUGUCAAACUGUCCAUGGGCAAAAGAUGACAUCACCAAAGUGCUUUGCAGUGAGAAACGAGCAGGUUUGCCAUGUAGUGUGGCCUGGUGGCACACUGCAGAUGACUUUAACAUGUGCAUCGUGGGAACAGAGCUUGGUGAAGUGGUAUUUGUGGAUUUAUGCAAUGGUAAAGCCAUCUUAUCUGUGGAUUUGAAAGAAGGGAUCACAUCACUUGAAAUGAUGCAGGACAAACAACAUCAGUCAACCUGUGUCAUGAUAAGUACCGUGUCUGGAGAGGCGUGGCAGCUAAUCCUAGAAAGCACGUCCCUUCCUCGGAGACGGUUCAGCAUGUCAUCCGACCCCAUGACAAGCCCUUCUGUAGCCUCUGCGCUCGGUUAUGAAAUGAUUGGGAUGAUGGCAAUUCCUCUGGAGAGUUUCCAAGCAGUGACAGAGUGGCAAGACAGGCUGAACCCAAUGCCAGUCAAGUCCGCUGUGGGAGAAACGCAUUUCUCUGUUCAACAUGCAAGAAAACAGGUGUUCAUUGGCGCUCAUAAUCUUCGCACUGAUAUCCUGCAAGUGUAUGACACGGAUGUUGCGCAUCUGCCCAUGUUCAUAUAUCAGCUAAGGGCCAGUACGUCCAAGCUUGUCCUGACAGAUAGACUUCUUUUCACUGUGGUACAACCUGAGCAAGACAAGAUGUACUUGAGUAUUUUGUCCAGUCAAUUGGCAGAGACGUCCAUGUCGCCCCCGCGUCAGCAAAGAACAGACUCGAGUAUUAUCCAGACCUUCGUCCUUCCCUCAGACGAGCAGAUCGUGAGCCUGUUUAAGCACAGCACCAUGAUGGACGCUAUGUGUGCGCCAGACAGAGAGGAGCCCCUCCCCAACAGAGUGUACGCCGUAGACGGAUGUGUACUCGUCACGUCUUCUGGAGUGUACGAAUGUAGACCAAGGAUCUCCCCAGAGGAGCUUUUCCUUGAUUUAGCAGUGCACAACAAGAAUAACACAGCCGCUGAUAUGCUGGCCAUAAUUAGCGGGCUCGACGUCAAUCUUCUCUAUCAGAUCGCAGCUGAACGAGCUCUGCAGUUAUCCAAGUACGAACACGCCAUGAAGCUAUACCAGCUAUCUAAGUGCCCUUUUCACAAGCGGGUCGCUCAGUUUGCCAAGCAUGGCCGCAUCGGAGACAUCCUCACGCAUCUACGCCAGGUUCUCAACAAGCACAGCGAUUUUCACACGGCAGAACGCAAACAGCUGUCUGACUUUACCAUGUACUGCUUCGUCCAACAGAUUAUGGAGUGCAGUACUCAGCCUCAAAAAGGGAAGGAACUUAGCGAAGCUUUCAGCCAGUUCAUAAAUGACAACUUCGAUUACGACGAAAGUUUUGCACUGGAGCUGCUCAGUAUCCAUGGGUUGAAGGAACACAUCUUCGAUCUCGCUAAGGCUCGAGGACUGAUGUCCGAGACGCUGGAUAUGCUUAACCGGACCGGACAGAUGCAUCUAUCUUCUGAAUUACUGCACAAGUUGGCAUCUCGAGGGUUCACUGACGUGGUCAGUAGGAGUUCGCAUGGGGCUUUUUUGUACUGCAUGGACCCAAAGGACGCCGUUGGAUUUCUUCUUGCCAAGCCGGAGACUAUCCUUUCCCAUCUGAAGUUCUUGAUGAGUUAUCUGGUUUCACUGGAAGAGGAGAGUCUGCUGCACAUUGCUCGUGUCCUCGAUCCGUCCCGUCCAUCAUUCCGUUCCCUUGUCGCUAAGCUGAAGACACCUCGACGGCGCAGAACAAUGUCUAGCAGCUCUAUCGCAUCCAUGAUGUCAUUGGAGAGUACAGUCAGCUUUACUAUGGAUGACUCGAGGGCCCCCUCCCUUGCGGAUGUACUUCAUGUGUUCUUGUGUUGCCUGAUGGUCCUCAACAGCAGGAGAGAAAGCCACAGGGAUCCCACCGCAAGGAUGGAUUCCCUGAAUCUUGUCAUUAACUCGCUCAAGACCUCAUCAGAACAAUGUGGCAGAAAAAGGGAAGGCACAGUCGAGGUCCAGUCCCAAAGGGUCCGGCUAUCAUGUGGUCAGCACCACACUGCUGUCGUCAGUGCAUCGGGCGACGUGUACACAUGGGGCAAGUCACACAAGGGGAGACUUGGCCACGGUGAUUUGAUUGAGGAAGAAGGCAAAUCCAUGCCGUUCCGAGUGGAAAUACUUCACAUGCACAGGAUAAAGGUAUUGUCUGUGGCGUGUGGAAUAGAACACACCCUGGCUCUGUGCCGUGAUGGAGUUUACUCAUGGGGCUCGUCCGAAUAUGGCCAGCUCGGCCAGGGCGACACACAGCAACAUACCCGUCCGGUUUACGUCACCGAACUCUCGGAUAAAAAAUGCAUUGCCGUGGUGUGUGGUCAUUACCACUCCUUGGCACUAUCCGCUGACCAGCAGGUCUACUCGUGGGGCUGGGGCGUGCACGGUCAGUUAGGACUGGACUCUAUUGAGGAUGCUCUGCUUCCAAGCCACGUGACUUCACUAAGCGGAGCUUUUGUGACGCAGCUUGCCGCCGGGUAUUCGCAUACAGCAGUGUUGACCACAGAGGGUAAAGUGUACACGUUUGGUGGAGGUCUGUAUGGCCAACUGGGUUUAGGGACGACAUCGAAGCAGACGUUACCGCAGCUUGUGCAAGCUCUAGAGAAGGACCGAAUCUAUCUGAUAUGCUGUGGUUCAUUCGAGACGGUAGCAGUCUCGAGUGAACAGAAGCUUUUCAACUGGGGGCGAAGUCCGCACUAUUUCAGGUUCCACAUGAGACAGGAGUUCCGCGUGAAGCGUUCUGUGCAGACCAAGUCAGGUUCGCUGUCCCACAGGCUUCUUCCUGUACAAAUGGACACGUCUUUUCCGUCACCAAUCAAAGAGAUUCACUGCGGCAAUUGGCAUUACCUCGCGGUAACGGAGGCUCGUCAGGUGUUCACGUGGGGGUUCAAUGAUCAUGGCCAGCUUGGCCACAGCACAAGUAUGGACCACCUGUUGUUUCCCACGGUUGUGCAGAAGCUAAACGAAUCCUUUGUCGCCACUGCGAGUGUCGGGGCCGAGUUCUCCGUUGCCAUGGAUGCAACAGGUCAAGUUUGGGUCUGGGGACGGUCAGACUCUGGACAACUUGGCUUGGACGCCGGGAUGAUCGGAUCUGGUAAGAAAGAGGUUACUACGCCCACCUUGUUAUCAAGUCUGCCUGUUCUCAAUAGAGUGGAGACCAACGCGUCCUCUGAGUCGCUUCACAGCUCCUCUGAAGAGAUCUAUGACGUUGACUGGAAACUUCCUGACCUGUCACAUUUUAGCGGAAGAUCUGUUACCUACGGAAGGGAAUCGUUGUCCAUAGCUCUGAAUUCAUUGUUCGAGCAUUACUCCCCCAGGGUCAUGAUAAGACACUGUAUGGACAUCGAAGACAACUUGAGCUUGUCGAUCAUCUACGACAAGAUGGGCCAGUGGUCGCAGGCUCUAGGCAUUAGGCUGAGGUACCUAAAUCAGCAACAAAGUGACACCUCUACACUCUUAGAACCCGCUCUACCUGCUAUAGAAUACAGUUUGAGGAAUUACGUUAGUACUGAUUUUAAAGAUUCCAAGGAGGAGAAUGACCAUUUGACACAAAUGCUAAAAGAGGUUCUGGGUUUCUGGAAGAACCGUGGACUUGCAGUGACAGCCUUGGAGAAUUUGCUGAGUGACUUCCUGGAAAAUGUGGCUUACCCCCUUAGUCUAUUGAUAAUCAGAGAAGAGGUUCUCCACAAAGACAAAACGAGAGAAGUGCCACAGGAUUGCACAACACCUCCAAAACUGCUGUUUGGAUCAGAGUUCAUGGAAAAUAUCCUAGAAAUUCUUAGCAGGCAGAUUCAUUCAGGGGAGAAAGGGGGGAGAUAUCUGGAGGAUGUCUUGGAAAUGACAGCAGAUAAAGGUGACUUGAAUUCAAAUGCAGCUGAGCAAGUUAAAUUUAACAUUGGAGAAGAGGAAGACAUUCCAGCAACAGAAGACCAGCUAAUACAGAAGAUAACAGAUAAUAUCAAGAAGGACUUGGAGAAAUCCUCAUUUAUCAAUUUGUCAGUGCCUACAGCAGCAAUGGUAGCAGCUGCAGCAGCAUCACAGCUUAGGGACUGGCAGAAUGAGAACCCCAUGCAGUCAUUACCUAAAUCUUCCCCAGAUGUUGUCACCUUCACAUGCAAUCAUCACUUUCCAAGAAUAUAUUUCAUGGGAGUAAUUCUGCCCGAGUUCCAACAGAGAAUGAGUGAACUUGUGUUACCUCUUGUACAGACCACAAAGACAUUGUUAGCUCAGUAUAAAAAGACAGAGAGUCUGUUACUGGCUGCUUGUCCUGUUUGUGUGUAUAAUUCACUACGUGUAGAGCAGUUGGAAAGAUUGCCUGAUACCAGCAGUAGUAAUGGAACCAAGACCAAAUUUUGGGAAAUAUAGAUUAACAUAUUUUUGUUGCCACUAUAAUCCUCAAGAGAUAAAAAUUGAAACACUGCUUCGAGGAGUGCCAGGGACCAAAUAUUUUGUUUUCUUCAAAUUAACUUGUCAAGAACAUUAUCUAAUUAGUAUGACUUCCAUCGAAUCGUGACAGCAUGGCUUCAAAAAAGUCUUGGUGACCAUUGGAGGGAAGGGGGGGGGGUGAUAAGGGGUCUCCGAAUCUGCUGAUCUGCACAAAGUUUUGCUUGAAUUUGAAACCACAAUUUUGAUAAACAAAAUAGACAUAAACAAUAGAUAAUAAGAAAAUCAUGAAUGUGAUGCAUGAAUGUUUAUGCAAGUCAAGAAUCAGCAAAAUCCACAGUAACAAUUAUCAAAAUGUGAAAUCCAAUCUUAAAUUUGGAAUAGAUCUGUGAUCCAGUUGUUUCAGAAAUCCAACAAACUGCUUUAUUUUUUCUCUAAAUCUCUAACCCAUGUGCCAUUUUAGGCCUGGAUCUGUGGACCUAAAAUCUAAUCAACCCCCUGAGAAAUUAAUGAAAUGUUACACAAAUAAGUUUCCAGAAUACUAACAGAUAGACUUUCAAAAUCAUCAAUUUUAUUUUUUUUUUCUUUAAAAGAAACUAUUCUUGUAUUCAAAUGUAACAUCAGAGCUAUAUCUAAUGAUCAGCAAAUAUAGAUUUUAUACAAUAAAAGAUAAAAAUAGUUUAAAAA